CGCAGUUUUCCCAGCGUCCUGCUUGCAGUGGCGCUUUGCGCGGUCAUCUGGCGUCCAUUUGAGCUGCUGGUUGACUGGGCUCGUCCCAGCGGCAGCGGGGGAAGGGUCCGAUUGGGUGCCCGCUAUGGCCGUCUGGUGGCAGACCCUUGUGGCGGCCCUUGGGGGCGUUGUAGGCCUCAUACUGUUUUUGUCGCCCGGCAAAGCAGUGCUGCGCGCCAGGAGUGAGCGCGUGCUCGGGGACUUGAACCCGCUGCCCUUCCCCGCCAUCGCCGCCAACUGCGCGGGCUGGAUCGCCUACUCCUACGUCACCAGCGAUGUGCUGGUGCUGUGGCCAAACGCCGCCGGCUUCCUGCUGGGCAUGUUUUACACGAUGAGCGCGUACGGGCUUGCCGACACCAAGACGCGCGACCGCCAGAUCGCCAUCAUGCUGCUCUUCUCGGCGGUCAUCAUCGUGGUGGGGUCGGUGGGCACACUGGGCCACAUGUCGCAGCACGGCCUCAAGACGCUGUGGGGCUUCACCUCAAACGCCAUCCUGCUCAUCUUCUACGCCUCCCCGCUGUCCACGGUGCUGGAGGUGGUGCGCAGCCGCUCCUCAGCCACGCUCAACCUGCCGCUGUCGGUGAUGAACGUCAUCAACGGCACGCUGUGGCUGGUGUAUGGCCUUGCCAUCAGCGAUCUGUUCAUCGCGGUGCCAAACGGGGUGGGAGCAGCACUGGGGAUCGUCUACUGCGCCCUCCUCUGCGUCUUCCCUCACAAAGCAGCCAAGCGGUCGCCACCCAACUCCGACUCUAACACCACAUCGUCGCGGAGGGAGCUGAUGGUGGAUGGCGGCGCCACAGUCAGCGGCGACCACGAGCUGGGACUGGCAGCUGCGGCGGUGGACGCGGACGGGGCGGGCGGUCCCGCUGGCGCGAGCCGUGUGUGACUCGAGGAUACUGCGCUGUUUCUACGUGUGAACCCAGGAUACUGCUGCGCUCUGUUCCCCUAUAUAUCUUCAUCACUCUUGUCCUUGCUUGGCACCCGCUCCCUGCUUCCUCUCCUUUGCCAUCUAAUCCCUGCUAUCUACAAUUUUGUUUCAUCAACCCUUUGCGUCUGGGCGGCACAUUUUGUUCAGCCCGCGCCUGACUGCGUGCCUGACACGGCACUGAUGCAUGCAAGCACAUUACAUAGCAUCGGGCAUGCAUGUACAACAAAAUGCAAUAAACGACAGGUCAACUGAAAUACAAAAGCAAGC